CAGGCGCAUCCCUUUGAAGGCUACUAUGCCGACUUGCUAGAUGCUCCGUUACGCGCCGUGCAGCCGGGCACACGCACGGCGCCGGCACCGCUACCAACAGACCAGUUGCCGAAGACGGCUAAGGAGGAGAAUCUAGAGAAGGCUCGCGUAGUCUUCGGCUCACGGCUUGCCGGGCCUGUAGAGAGACGCCGCGAAAUUGAGGCCAAGAGUCACAAUGUGGCUGGCGUUCUCGUCCCACCACGCCCGGAGGAGCCAGAUAACUGUUGCAUGAGCGGUUGUGUCAACUGCGUAUGGGACAGGUUCCGUGAUGAGCUGGAGGAAUGGGCGGCCAAGAGUGCCGAAGCGCGGGCUAAGCUGCUUGAGCAACGACGCCAGGGCAAAGCAACGGGUAUGAUGGCGCAGGAGCCUGGCAUGCCCACGCACGUGGCGACGAGUAUGGAUGAAGACGGAGGUGGAAGCGAAACAAAUUGGACCGCUGCGGGCGGCAUGGAGAGCUUCGGGACGGCAGGCGGAGCGGAUCUAUUCGCUGACAUUCCGGUCGGCAUCAGAGAAUUUAUGAAGACGGAGAAGAAACUGAAA